UCGGGAACGCAAGCCGUGAGCCUGCACCAACCAGCGGCCGCGUUGGACCGGCACGACUGCGCGCGCAUUGAGGCGCAGGUUCGAAUCUCGGGCGCCUCGCUGCGGCUCCCCAACGUCCCGGCCGUCCUAGCCCGCAGCUCCGCUCCGCCCUCCGCCCUCCGCCCUCCCGUAAGCCACCCGCGUGCCGCUCAUCCCCGGCCCAUGGCCAAGCGGCGUGCGGCUGAGCCGCUCACGUUCCGCGUGCCUUGGAAGCGGCUCUUGCUCAGCGACUUCCCCGAGGAGCCGCCGCUCUGGGUCCCGCCGCCCGGGUCGGCUCGGCCCCGCAAACGCCAGGGGGACGCGGGGACCAUGGCGGAGCCGGCGGCUGCGCCCCGCAAACGACGCGGGGGCGGGGACGGCGGCCAGGAGCGGCAGGGCCGCGGCCUGGAGCCCGGAGAGCCACCUCCCGGCGAGCAGGAGGAGCCCCGGGUCAGCCGAGCUCCGGGCGGCGGCGACGGGGCGGGGAGCGCGGGCAGCGCAGCCGACGGGACGCACGUCCAGCCCAAUGAAGAGUUUUGGCAGUAUAAUACAUUCCAGUACUGGAGAAACCCUCUACCACCUAUUGACAUGGCCGCUCUUGAAGAUGUGAUUGCAGACAGCCUGACGGAAACGCUUCAGGACAAGAAUGAAGUAGUUGAGAUUGACAUGGAGUCCUGACAGGAGGAGCUGAAGAAGCAGGAUUCUUUGAAUUUGAAGAGAACUAAAGGAAAUGGUUUUUUUCCAUACUUGACAUGCUACUGUUGUCAAACCUGGAAAAUGAGGAAGAGUUUUGAGUCUAAUGUAAUUACUACUGAAUAUCCUAAUGGAGAUUGUUAAGGAUAUAGUAUAGCUGGAGGCAAAAUACUCUAUCUUGGAAAAGGGGGCGUUGGCAGCUUUAGAGGAAGCAGUCAGCUUUUCCUGUCUUGCUUGCUCUGUCAAAUGUUCCUCUGCACCAGAAAGCUUAUUUGUGGUACAUAGAAUGAAAUAACUGAUGCUAAUAAAAUACUUUGCAGUACAUCUUAUUGGCUCCUCUUGGUUGAACAAAUAGACUUGAGUAUCUAUGCAAAAUUAAAAUGUGAGAUUGUUUUAAUAUUGUUUUAAAAGAGUAUAAAUUUAAACUAGUAAGAAUUUCCAUUUGAGUACCUUGUUUUAACUUUUUAAACUUAAAACAAUAUUUGCCGUUUGUUAAAGUACUAGAGGCAGUGGAUGCAGCCAAAAACUGGAUAAAGAGCAGUAAGAAGUAGAUGCCUGCUCCUCCUCUGCUUUUCUGAGAUGAAAGGAAAGGAAUGGUAGGGUUAGUGUAUUGGGUUUGGGUUUGGGGAUGUUUUUGUUGUUGUCGAUUACUUUAGACCUACAGUUCUCAACACUGAUAGCACUUUAGCGGUCUUUGCUUGAGCCCUAUCCUGGAGAGAUGUCAGUCAGUGAUUUGAAGGUGGGCUUUACACAUAGUUUUGUUGUUGUUGUUGUUUCGUUUUAUUUUAUUUUUGGCGCCACGUCUGUAUUCCUGUACCGUGCAGACCCAGCCAGAACCACUAGACUAGUAGCUUUUCCUGUUGAAAGGAGAUCACUAGUGUGAGCUGAAGCAAUGCCUGUUAAUUCGCUUUGUCUUAAAUUGUUACAUUAUUGGAUUUGUUGCUACUAAGUUAUUGUGUUGCAAUUUUAUUGUUAAUAAAGUACUGUUUAUGCUUGAGUUACAUCCAGAA